AUGCUGAAUGCAUCAUUGUCAAAUGCAGAGUAUGAGAAGCAAAGGAUUAUGACGUUUGAUUUCAUAUACAAACGACUACAAAUCAUUCGUCAACUCCUCUCCAGCGACUCGACCCAGUUGCUAAGAUCGUGCUCUGGAUUCUCUGAUGAGUCACCAGGAUGGCGCUGGACCAACGACGAGCCACAAACCGGCUUUACCACUCUACCAGGUAUGGAGAUGACGGAGUUCGCCAACCAGACCGAAGGCAUGAGCCGCCACCCUCGCCUGGAUAAUGAGCAUGUACUAGAAUUGUUUUGCUGUAUUGGUAGACCUGCUCUGCUGUAG